CAAAAACUCCACACUGCUGGGAAGGUGGCCUUCGGAGGCAAGCACUUCACCGGGACAGGAGCCUUCAGCUGCGUCACACAAGAAAAUGGAGCUUAAAACCCCAACGUGUUAAUAGAAGCAAGGUUAGCCAAAGAGAUUUUGGAGAAGUUGCUUUUUUAAAUGCAUUUAAAAUGAGACUUAGAAGCUGUGUUCUCUGUCAGUUGGUAUAAACAGGGGGGAAGCCUUGGGCAUUUUUAAUCAAGCCAGAUUAAGCAGACUAUAAGGAGGGGUGUUUGAAAAGGAUUUGACUGUAGAUUUGGAAAGUAAACCAUGGCAUUAAAGAAGAGCGAGGGUCGAGAGCUUUUAUGCCUUUUACCUCUUGGCUUGAACAUUUUGCUUCCUCAUUGUCUACCUUGAAACGUGCUUUCCUUUUGGAAUUCUGUUGUGAAGUUGGGUUUCAUUCCAAAGGCACCUGUUGAAGGGUUAAAAAAAAGAAAAAAGCGUAGAAGUAGUUGAAGGCAGCUGAAAAGAGGUGAAGCCAUCAUGAGUUACCAGAAUGCACCUGACUUGAAUACGGGGCCACAGCCUGGGCCGAAGAGCCCCAGGAGAACAGGAGGUGCCACCACAGACCAAGACUGCUGCCCGCCUCUGCUUGAACACCAGCUCGGAGUGGGUGACUUUCUCAAAAUUCAGAGUGCCUUUGAGCCCUCAGAUCCUUGUCAAGCCAUUUGCAUGUCUAGAGAAGAGUUUAUGCAAAGGAUGACAGAGACUGUGGGUUGGGGCACAAAGCAAGAAUAUGGGGAGCUCUUUGACAAAGUGGAUGUGGCCCAAGAUGGCUUCAUUAACUGGGACAAGCUGACUUCCUUUAUGCUGUUCGCACUUUAUGAGAAAGAUGAACGAGCAAAGGCAACGGUGGUUCCCGCCUGGAAAGACUUUGAAUUCCUCCCAGUGAAGCACAAGGACACCAUUCAAAAAGUAAUUUUCUUAAAAAGUUCAAGUCGUUAUCUGACCAUCAGUAAGGAAGGUUUACUAGGAGUCUGGGGAGAGAAUUUAAAGCUGCAAGAAACACUUCCCAUCAGUUCAGAUGCCACCAAGCUUAAACACCUGUGGGUGACAAGCCUGGUUUCUCUGGAAAAUGUAAACAAGAUAGCAGUGGCUUUUACCAGUAAAGAGAUUUGUUUCUAUGAUCUGCUGUCCAAAGGAGAAUUUCCUUGUCAGUAUAAACUUCAAGGCCUGAAAGGAACACCAAUUUGUAUGGAAUAUUGGUAUGAUCCCCUUGAUGCCAACAAAUCAGUUCUUUCUUUUGGGGACAUAACUGGAAAGGUUCAAGCAAUUGCUUUCACCACAGCCUUGAUUUCCCUGUUUGAGCGUCCUGCUAGUGCACAUGAAGAUGAAGAAGCCAUGGUGACCCUUAGCUGGGAGGAACUGCUCUCUGGAUAUCACAAGUGUUGCUAUACAUUACAGCAUAAUCUUCAUCAUGGAGAUUGGGUCAGGCAAGUUACUUACAAUGCAUCUUUAGAUGCUAUCAUUUCCAGUACAACCAGCAAUACAAACACUAUGGUGCUGGCUUGGAGAGAGAAAUCAAAAAAACAUCUUAAAAUGACAUCCUUCAAUGUUGCCGAGGGCAUUCAUGCUUUUGAUUACCACUCUCAGCUCAAUUUAAUUGCAACUGCUGGCAUCAACAAAAAAGUUUGCCUUUGGAACCCUUAUGUUGUCUCUAAGCCAGUUGGUGUCCUUUGGGGUCACUCAACCAGUGUCAUAGCUGUCCAAUUCUUUGCUGCAAGAAAACAACUUUUCAGCUUCUCCAAAGAUAAGGUUUUGAGACUCUGGGAUAUUCAGCACCAGCUGUCCAUCCAGAGGAUAGCUUGUCCUUUCCCCAAAAGCCAGGACUUCAGAUGUGUCUUCCACUUUGAUGAGGCCCAUGGACGGCUUUUCAUCUCGUUUAAUAACCAGCUCGCAUUGUUGGCAAUGAAGAGCGAGGCCAGGAGAAGGGCGAAGAGCCACAAGAAAGCAGUCACCUGCGUUCUUUACAAUUCCGUCUUGAAACAGGUAGUCAGCUCUGAUGUGGGGUCUACUGUUUCCUUCUGGAUGAUAGACACUGGGCAGAAAAUCAAACAGUUUACUGGUUGCCAUGGCAAUGCAGAAAUCAGCACGAUGGCCCUUGAUGCAAAUGAGACACGGCUUUUGACUGGCAGCACAGAUGGGACGGUAAAGGUAUGGGACUUCAGUGGUUACUGUCACCACACACUAAAUGUUGGGCAAGAGGGAGCUGUGGAGAUUUCACAGAUCCUGGUUCUCCAGAAGACCAUACUGGUUAUGGGUUGGGAGAGGGCUAUUACUGUGUUUCGACUACAAAACUUCAAUCAAUUCUUCAUCCAGCCUGAAAAAUGGAAAGGGGAAAUACAGCACCGUGAUGAUAUCUUGUGUGCUGCGUUUUUACCUCCACAAACUCUUGUUACAGGGAGUUAUGAUGGAGAAAUUGUUCUGUGGAACAACAGCACAGAAAAUGCUCACUGCGUCCUUCACCCCCAUUACCAGAGGCGGCUAAAAUCAAAAUCAGAUACAGAGCCUCACAAGCUUUUCAGUGCUGGGAGGAGCCUCUCCACCUGCCCCAGCCCAGACCAGGCCGCCCUGGGAGCCCACUCCUUUGAGACCGACACCAAGGGCAAUAAUGCCGUUGUGAGGCUCUGCUUCCUUGAAGCAAGAACAAACACCUCAGAGACAGGAGGAGCUAACCUGGUGUCAUGUGGAGGAUCUGGGUAUGUCAGAUUCUGGGAUACCUUUAAGAAGCAACUUCUGGCUGAAUUUUUGGCUCAUGGUGGAGCUGGAUCCAUUAUUAUGUCUAUUGAUAAGUCAAACCAAUACCUCGCCACAGGAGAUCUGGAUGGACAAUUGAAAAUCUGGAAUAUAGAAGACUACUGUCUUAAUUCCAGUAAGAGCAAAAUCACGCAGGCCCCGACUCUGAUACGAUCAUUCCAACCUCAUGAAGACCAGAUAAGUUCCUUAGAGAUGUGUAAGCCAGGUGGCCGCUUACUGAUUAUCUCCUGCUCUGCAGACUGCAGCAUUUGCAUGACCGAUGUCUGUGGUGCUUCUGUCUGGAUCUUUGGUCAGGCAAAGCAUUGGCAAACUGAAAACCAUAUUUCCCUUCCUAAGAGAGAUGCUAAUUUAAUGAAAAGUGAAAUUCAAGAAGAAAGCAUCAGGGAUAUUCCUUUACUUUCUAAGGAGGAAUCAAGUUUAGACCUACGAGAACGUUCUCUACUUGAUAAGGAAAACAAAGAUGACACCACAUACAAUGUCAGACCAUCAGAAGUCAUACAUUUGGGUAUAAAAUAUAAGGAAAGAAAUAUCUUUAAGAAAAAAGCACAUAACCUUUACAAGGGUGAAGUUGUACAAAAACCAUCCAGUGCAUUUAGGUCGUUAAGCAUCAGAGACCUGAAAGAGCUGCCUGAAGUGAAGAAACCAGCUUUUCUUCUGGACCUGGAGAGAUACUUUAGGGGAAAGCCAGAGGAGGAGUGCUCCCAAAUUCCAGAGCUUUCAUCACUCUCUGAAACUUUGAAAGCUGUAUUUGAUGAGAAAAACCUGUUCCCCAAAGAAAUUCUGGAUCGUGAACGAAGAGCCAAGCAAUUAUGUCAAGAAACAAGUAGCGAAGUGAAGAUAAAAAGAAAUAAGAAGUAAUUAUAAUUGAAAGAGAAAUAAAUAUUUCAUUGUCACAUGAAGUAUGAAGAUAAAAUGCAGAUAAGGAAUCAAGAAUUCUGUGCCUUUCUUUUAUUUUACAUUUAAACUUCAGGAAGUUUUGUUUUCAGAUGGUGUCUUAGUGCUGUUUUUAUCUAUCACCUUUCACUUUCUGUAUAUUCUUAAUAAAAGAUAAAUUGGA